GAUUGAUGUAAGACGGAUUAUCGUCAUUAAUUUUAACUACAGUAAAUCAGUACUUUAGUGUUAGUCGUAUUAUUGGUUAUAUUUUCUUAAGUAUACAAACGAACUCGUAAAGUACUGUUUACCAAUUUAUAAUGAAUAUCGUACGACGAAGCGAUCGUUUGCGUAUUAAUUUUUAUUGUAAAUAUUGUUACUAUACUAUUUUGACUAAACAUGUGUCAGAUUAUCCGCCGGUUUUUCAAUCCAAAGACGUAGAAAAUGGAUGGUAUGAUGUUUGGGAAAAGAACAAGUACUUUACUGUUAAACCCAGUGAUAAGGAAACAUUGAAAAUGCUACUACCUCCUCCCAAUAUUACUGGAACAUUGCAUUUAGGGCAUGCAUUAACUGUUACAAUUCAAGAUAUUUUAGCAAGAUGGUAUAGAAUGAAGGGCCACCCUGUAGUAUGGAUACCAGGUUUAGAUCAUGCUGGAAUUGCAACACAAUUAAUAAUAGAAAAGCAUCUUUCUAAAACAAAAGGCAUUGUCAAGUCUGAUAUAGAAAAAGAACAAUUUCUUUCAUAUAUUUGGGAAUGGAAGGAUCAGAAGGAGAAUGAAAUAAAGUCUCAGUUAAAAGCUUUGGGUGCCAGUGUGGAUUGGUCUAAAGAAUAUUUUACAAUGAGUAAGAAUUACAAUGAUACUGUGGUAGAAGCAUUCGUAACUCUAAAUGAAAAAAAACUUCUAUAUAGAAAAAAAAAUUUAGUCAAUUGGUCUCCUAUUUUGCAAAGUACAAUAUCAGAUAUUGAAGUAGACUAUAUGUAUAUUGAUAAAAAAACAGAAGUAGCAGUUCCAGGAUAUAAAAAGAAGAUUACAUUUGGUGAAAUAGCAUAUAUAGCUUAUCCACUCAAAGAUUCAAAAGAUAAAAUAAUAGUUGCAACAACUAGACCAGAGACUGUUUUUGGUGAUGUAGCAAUUGCUGUUCACCCGGAUGAUGAAAGAUAUGGAAAGUAUAUUGGCCAAAAUGUCUGGCACACUAUGAGGAAUACUUAUAUACCUGUUAUUGCUGAUCCUUCGGUUGAUAGAAAUUUCGGCACAGGAGCAGUAAAAAUAACACCAGCCCAUGAUCAUUUAGAUUAUAUAAUUGCUACAAAUCAUCAGUUAGACGUUAUCGACGUUAUUGAUAAAUGCGGAAACAUAACGGAGGCAGGAAAUUUAUAUGAGGGUCUUCCACGAUUUAUCGCACGAGAAAAAGUUUUAAAUGAAUUGUCGAAUAGAGGUCUCCUACAAAGUGUUUGUGAUCAUAAUGUGAGCAUACCGAGGUGUUCACGAUCUCGAGAUAUUAUAGAAUACAUAUUGAAAGAACAAUGGUUUGUCAAGUCCAAAAGUAUGGCGCAAAAAGCGAUAGAAGCUGUGGAACAGAAUCAUUUAAAUAUAGUUCCUUCUAUUCACAAACAAACAUGGUAUGACUGGUUAAAUAACAUUAGAGAUUGGUGCAUUUCACGGCAACUAUGGUGGGGUCAUAGUAUUCCAGCUUAUUACGUUACAGUUGGUGAUAAAGCUGAAUGGAUAAUAGCUCGGACUGAGAGCGAUGCGCGGCUCAUUGCGGAAAGCACAUAUGGAUGUAAUUUAGAAUUACAUAAAGACCAAGAUGUUUUAGAUACAUGGUUUUCGUCAGCAAUUAUUCCUUUUGCGGUACUAGGAUGGCCAAAGAAGACGGAAGAUUUUAAAAAUUAUUAUCCUUUAACGUUAAUGGAAACAGGAUAUGAUAUAUUAUUCUUUUGGGUUUCAAGAAUGGUCAUGUUAGGAUUGGAGUUGACCGGUCGUCUACCUUUUAACGAGAUACUUUUGCAUGGUAUGUUAUGUGAUAGCCAUGGGAAAAAAAUGUCCAAAUCGAUUGGAAAUGUCAUUUCACCAGAAAAUAUCAUUAAUGGUGCUACUUUAGAUGAAGUAAGUAUACAAAUGGAAGAAAAUCAUAAUAUGGGCAUUCUUGAAAAAAAAGAAUUGCGACGAAUGUUGGUUGCAAAUAAAAAAAUGUUUCCUAAUGGAGUACCACAAUGCGGCGUGGAUGCACUACGCGUGACAUUAUGCAGUCACAAUAUUAAAAAUUUAAAAAUCCAUUUCGAUGUAAUGGAAUGCCAAGCAAAUAAAUUUUUCUGUAACAAAAUUUGGCAAGCAGGCAGAUUUAUCUUAUUUAUGACCAAUGGAAGGGAGUACCAAGAACCAAAGAGCAUGUCAAUUAUUGACCGUUGGAUUUUAAGUCAAUUAUCUUUAAUGGUCAGCACUGUUAAUAACGCGAUCAUGCAACGAGAUUUUCAUCAAGCUAUUACAUCCAUAAGAGAAUUUUUACAUUACACAUUUUGUGAUUAUUAUUUGGAAGCAGUAAAACAUGGAUUUCAAAGUAACAAUUCAGAGAUUAUUACAAGUCACACAUAUGGUACAAGAACAUGCUUCGAAGUUUCACUACGAAUAAUUGCUCCCAUAAUGCCAUACCUUGCUGAUGAUUUAUACAAAAGAUUAUCGGAUAAAUUUACAGAGUUUUUAUCAGUGCCAUCCUUAAUGGAAGCACCAUAUCCAACGUCGGAAGAGUUUAGCAAGUGGGCGGACUAUAGAUUACAUAAAAGAUUCGACGCAGUAUUAAUGAUUGUAUCUGAAAUUAGAAGUCUUACAGGUGGUAUAAAAGGAAUACAAAAACCGAUGGUUCAUAUCGUAAUUAGUAACCCUGACAAUUUUAAUUUCUAUAACGAAGUCAUAAAUUUAAUUAAAGGUGGAUGCAGGUUGCAUAAUAUUUGUGUAUUUCAAAAACAUAAUUAUAUGCAUGAUGAAAAUAGUACAUGCUUUCAGUUCACUCCUGAUUGUACAUUUGUUUUUAUUUCACAGGAUUCUGCAGUUUUGAACACGAUCAAAGAACGUUCAAUUAAGAGGGUUUCAAACGACGAAAGCAAUUUGAAACUUCAAGAUGAAAUGUAAAUGAAAUAAACCACAGUUGUGCUCGAAAAUAUUUCAGGUGUUGGCAAUAGUAUACAACCAGAUCGAGGAAGCGGCGGAACACCUAAAAUAUUGUAAAAUAUAUUUCUAAUAAAAAUAUCUUUCUAUCUAUCAUAACUUUACCAGAUAGUUCAACUUUAUGCCAAAC